AUAAAAGAAGAUCGCCGGUAGCGGUUUACCAUUUCUUGGUGUCUCAUUCGAAAUGCUGGACGUGGUGGUGUUCGUGUUGACUCUUGCGGUACUGUUUAUAAUCGGAUUCGCCCCCGAGUUCGUUAAGACUAUCAGCGGCAAGGGCGGCGGCAUACCGGGACCCUUGGCACUUCCGCUCUUCGGUACCUCGUGGGUGUUUUCCUUCUACGGCUACAGAUUCAACAGAUUGCACGAUUUUUACGAGGACUUGCAUCGACGAUACGGGCCCGUAGUGAAAGAAGAGACCAUUUUUAAUUACCCGGUGAUUAGCGUGUUCGAAAAGGGCGACAUUGAAAAAGUGUUCAGAAGUGUGGGGAAGUAUCCCCUGAGACCGCCAACCCAAGCCAUCGCUCAUUACAGGAAGAGCGUGCCGGCGCGAUACGCCAGCACUGGUCUUACAAAUGAACAAGGAGAAAAAUGGCACGAGUUAAGGGUGUCACUUACAACGGUCCUUACCAGUCCCAAAACCAUAUCAGACUUUAUGCCUCAGAUCGAGAUGAUCUCGGAUGACUGGGUACACUUGUUAAGACAAAAGAGGGACGCUAACAACAAAAUAGACCACCUGGAAGACUUAGCAACCCGUAUAGGUCUCGAAGCCACAUGCGCUUUAGUUUUGGGGAGACGAAUGGGCUUUCUCAUUGAAAGCCACGAGUGUGGCACGGCGACAGAAUUGGCAGAAGCAGUUCACGCCAACUUCAUCGGAUGUCGAGAAACGCAAUUCGGCUUUCCGUUUUGGAGGUUCUUCAAUACGACCAGCUACCAGAAACUCGCCAAUAGCGAGAGAGCUAUCUACGAGCUGGCCUCGGAAUUAAUAAAAACGGCGGACGAGUCCACAAAAGAGAGCGCCGUGUUUCAGUCCGUCCUAAACGCAAAUAUCGACGAGCGUGAAAAGAAAGCAGCCAUAGUGGAUUUCAUAGCGGCCGGGAUACAUACGCUCAAGAAUAGUUUUUUGUUUUUCGUGUACCAGGUGGCGAUGCAUCCGGAUGCGCAAAGGAAGAUUCUCGAAGAUCCAUCCAAGGCGUAUUUAAAGGCAUGUUUGAUGGAAACAUUUAGGCUUACCCCAACCGUUGGUUCCCUGGCGAGGAUCCUAAACUCCGAUGUUGAGUUAUCGGGUCAUAUGAUCGAAGCGGGAACCAUAGUAUUGUGCCAUUCGAACAUAGCGUGCAAGAAUGACGCUAAUUUCAAAGACGCAGCGAAAUUUUGGCCAGAAAGAUGGUUGAACGAACACAAAACCGAAACGGCCAGCAACGCCACGUUCAUACUGAAUCCUUUCGGAUCUGGGAGGAGAAUAUGUCCAGGCAAAAGGUUCAUUGAGCAGGUGCUGCCCGUCAUGCUUGACAAAACGGUGGAAAGCUUUGAAGUUGCUGUUGAUAAACCGUUGGAAGUGGAAUUCGAAUUUUUGCUCUCCCCGAAAGGGCCGGUGAAUAUGACGUUCAGAGACAGAAUUUAAGAGCUGCAUACUUGAAGAGGAAAUCUGCCCUUUAUUUGAUGCGGAGAUG